CGGGGGUACUACAUGAUAGAUAAGAUUAGAUCUGGGUGCUCCACGAACAAUUGCUUUUAAGUGACUCAAAGUUGGCGUCAACGGGUUCCUCUACUCCAAACACUACCAUGGCAGGCUCGAAAAAGAACAAACCUAAGAAGGCCGUCCCUCCAUCAUAUAGCAGCAUGCCGGAUCAGCCUCAAACUGGGGACGACGACCAUGAACUCGUGGAUGACCUGCUUGCAGAGCUCGACUCCCGGAACCACACUGUACAACAAGAAUCAGCUACCGUGUUGAUAGAGAUGCAAGAACAUAAAGAGAAUGCAGUUGGAGCCAGAGCGCGGUCGGCCAAGAAAAAGCAGGAUAGCAGGAGCCGACAUGAAGCGCGACAGGCGAGAAAGGCAGCGGCCUUGGUUCAAAAUCAUGCACCCAUUGAUCCAGAGGCAGACGCAAGGCUAGAGAGAGAGGCGAAGGAAGAAGAGGCCUCAAUCAAGGAAACAUGCGACAAGCUUGGGGUGCAGACACACGAGAUACAACCAGAUGGACAUUGUCUAUUCUCUGCUAUAGCAGACCAGUUAACCCUGCUUAACAUACUUCCUCCCGCUCAAGCUAACUACGUCACCGUCCGCGCUGCCGCAUCAAACUUCAUCUACACUCACCCAGACGAUUUCCUGCCAUUCCUGCCGUCCGCGUUUGGUGAAGAUGGUGUUGGAGCAACAAGCGCAGGCUUCAUGACUCCGCGGCAAUUUGAACAGUACUGUAUGACGAUCAAGGACACUGGUGCUUGGGGUGGAGAACCAGAGAUCCUGGCGCUCAGUCGAGCAUAUAAUGUUCCAAUACAUGUGAUACAGGGCGGUGUCCCCAAGAUAGUUGAACACAACCCAGGUUCGUCACCAUGGUCGUCUGGUAAGGUAGCUCGUAUCAGUUUCCACAGAAGAAUGUAUGGGCUAGGGGAGCAUUAUAACUCUUUACGACCGAAAACCGCCAUUUCACAAAUGGCUGACAAGAUCCAGUCCGCGUUCUCUUGA